AUAUUAUUAGAGAUUUACUUUACUCUAUUGAAAUUCAUUUACGAAAACUUAAGUUUUUUUCCCCCUAUAUUAUUAUAUAAAACGUGAAUAUGAAUAUAGAUGAAUUGGGUUCAAUUUAUACCAGGGGUGGCAGUUCGUUACCGAUUAACCAGCCGGUUAAACCGAUAACUGGUAAUCGAAGUAACCGAACUUCGGCCGGUUAUCGGAAGCUAGACGAAAUGGUUUUUUAUCUUAAAAGUGGGUCGGUUAACCGAUAACCGAGAAACAGAAACCUAUUUCGGGCGGUUUUCGGUAGGGGGAGUGGUUAACCGAUAACCGAGAUAACCGGCCGAUCGGUUAUCGGUUAUAACAGAAAUAACCGAAAUGCCACCCCCUAAAUUUUAUACAUAGGCUCAUAGCUAAGGGUGGCUAUACGGUCCGGUCCGGUUAAAUUGGCCCAAAUUGAUCCGGUCCAGUCCGGUCUUUUUGAAAACAUAAGGACCGAAGAUUGGAUUGGAUACAGUCCGGUCUUGAUCCGGUCCGGUUUUGAUCCGGUCCGGUCCCAAUUCGGUCUUGAUUUUAUAUUGAUAUUGUGGGAUUUGAGUGGCCUAAGGCCUUAAAGGGUGAGGAGUUGGUUAAGUUUUGUACUAAGUGCAAAGGUUUGUGACCCUUUAUGCAAAUUACCCUUAAGUUUUGGGUGUUGAGCUCUCUUAUCCGGUCUUUAUCCGGUUUUUUACCUCAAAUCUAAGCCCAAAGAUUGGAUUGGAUUGUUUACUAUCCGGUCCUGGUCCGGUCUCGAUCCGGGUUAUACGGUCCGAUUUCCGGUUUUUAAUCCGGUCCCGGUCCAAAUAGCCACCCCUACUCAUAGCACACAAGUAAACACGUGAAACUCUUUAUACAUUAGUAUUAUUGGGUUCAUGUAAUUAAGAUUCAAGGGUAGGGGUAAUGCCAAAGCAAAGAAUGCUUAGAAAGGCGGCAAAUUGGUUCCAAGCAAGAUGACAACGAAAGGAUAAAAAACGGGCGAUCAUCAAUUUAAUGCAAUCAAAAAAACGGGCGGCACAUUCAACCACUCGUCUACUCAAACAUAUCGAUCGGCGACAAGAAUAUCGUAGCCGGCUUCAAAAGUAUUCAACAAAAGGAAACUAUAUGUACUAUAAAUGGAAAUAAAUACAGAGAGAAAGACAGAGAGAGUGAAAGAAGACUACGACUUCCAUGUAAGUGAUAUGGGUGGAGAAGUAGAAGAAGAAGAAAGGGGAGGACGAGCUUCGGCGGCGUCGUUUUGGGCGUGGUGCAAUGUCAACGAUGACAAGAAGGCGUAUGGAGCCGUGGUGCUGACACGGCUGAUCUACGCCGGAAUGUUCUUGGUACAGAAGGCGGCGUUCGACGGCGGCUUGAACCCGGCGAUCUUCGUCUUCUACCGGCAAGCCUUCGCCACCCUCUGCCUUGCUCCGCUUGCCUUCUCCCUCGAAUGGAAGGAUGCACCGAAGUUGUCGCUGCUCACCUUUUGCGAGAUUUUCGUGCUUGCCCUCGUCGGGAUAACGUUGGCAUUGAAUCUUAAUGGCGUUGGCUUGCUUUACACCUCUUCCACCUUGGCCGCGGCUUCCCUCAAUUCCCUCCCCGUCACUACUUUCCUGUUGGCCCUCCUGCUUCGAGUGGAAACAUUGAGGGUCGGGACGAAAUCAGGCAAAGUGAAAUUGCUAGGGUUAGUAAUAUGCAUGGGUGGGGUGGCAACUCUUGCCUUCUACGAGGGCCCCCAUUUCAAGAUGUUCUGCCUCUUCAAACACUCCUUCUGGCAAAGCGAAUACCAUGAAUCUCAUACAUCAUGGAUCAAAGGCAGUUUCUUGACACUCUCAUCUAGUUUCGCUUGGGGUUAUUGGCUUGUCUUUCAGACAAGACUUCAGAAGAGUUAUCCACCAAAGCUUUUGUUCACGACUCUUCAAUGUGCUCUGGCCACAAUCCAAUCAUUUGUGGUUGCAAUUACGAUUGAAGGAGAUCUUAAUGAGUGGAAACUUGGCUGGGAUGUAAAAUUUGUCUCCGUGGUUUAUUGUGGAGGUAUGGUGAGUGGGGUAACAUAUUACUUCCAAGCAUGGGUUCUAGAGAAGAAAGGUCCAGUGUUUUUGGCCAUGUCUACCCCUUUGGCUUUCAUCUUCACAAUGAUAUGCUCUGCACUAUUGUGUGACUUCAUCAACCUUGGAAGCGUUUUGGGUGGAAUGCUAUUGGUUGGAGGGCUCCAUAGUGUUUUAUGGGCAAAAGUCAAAGAAGAGAACGAGAUCGAGGAUCAUGAGAAGAAGGUUACCCCACAAGUGGAAGAACAAGACUGCACAUUAGAGCUUAAACAAGUUGUUACAAUCAGCACUAAUAAUCUAGCGAAUGCUAACAAGCAUUAGCUAGCAUCACUACUUACCAUAGUAAUGAUUUCUUUAUAUCUAUAUAUGGCGGCAUCUCUCAAAUGCAAAUUGGAAUAGUCCUUGCCAUGGUAUUAGAAGUGACAAUGAGUUCAAAACUAGGAAUGACAAUAGCAAGGUUCGGAUAGAGUAUCUUGAUACUCAUACCCGGUUCGUGUCAGGUUGGGUUCAAGUCAGGUAAUUUAUCAUGGGGCGCGGGUCGGGGCAGGUCGACCCAAUAAGUAUGUAAUUUAUGUGAAAUUUUUUAGAAAUAUUCAUUAUUUUCAUUACAAGACCAAGAAAUAAACCAUAAUAUGAUAAAAUGUAGUUAAAGUAUUGGAGCAAUUGAGGUGUUCAUUUAUUUACAACUUUAUUAUAGCUAAAAUAUGAGGUAAUAUGAGGAAAUUCUAAGUAAUUUGAUUAAGAUUACAUGAAUUUUAGGCUAGAAUGGGUCGAGAACGGGGCGGGUCAGGGCAGGUCGAGUCGACGAGAGGUACCCAUGCUCGGACCCGCCCCAACACAGGCCAAACAAGUAAGGUAAAUUGACUAGUGGAUUGGAUCAUAGAUCCAAAUGGCAUCUAAACAUUGGACUAACGUGUAAAUUUCAAAAAAGUUUAGAAUCUAAAAUGUCAUGAUAAAAUUUUUUGGUACCAAAACAUAAUUUUCCAAUGAUAUUUACGUUAAAAUAAAUUUUAUGUACCAAAAUGUAAAGUAUAAAAAUAUUGGAUUGAUUGGAUAUUUUAGUGAAUGAAUUGUAAUUUGCCAACAAUCCACCAAUCCAAUUAGUAACUAGGAAAUACGAAGAAGUUCCAUGAAUUAACUACCCGGCCAACAUCAUUAAUUCUACUCUUCUAGAUUGUUCCACAACUUCCUUCCUCAAACUUGAUUGGUAGUACAGUUUGCGUGAAGGAAAUAGAGCCGCGAACCAACUCUCGUAUCACAUCACAUACAGUCUCUUCCCUCCCCCCAAGCUACUGUUGCCUCCCAACCAUAUCCCUCUUUGAUACCACCGCCCGCAGCUUCCAACACAUACAUAAGGAAUCAAACCCCAAAGCGUAUGCCCAAAAUAAAACAUUUAGAAAGCG